CUUGCGCCGUCCUUGCCCGCAUCUCGCUUCUUUCGUUGCUCCGCUCGCGUGAGCAGUUUUGCCUUCGUAAGCUUGGAUUUCCCACCCAGCCUGGACCAUUCUGGGCUGGCAGUCAUCCGUAGCUCGUUCGUGAGGACGGCGACAGUAAUUUUCGAAGUCCUUCGAGGAGAUCGUGGAUUUUGUUGAACUUAACCAUGGCAUCUUCAGUAUCAGUGUUGACGAGAGCAUUGAGGUUGUCAGAAAGCAAAUUUGGAUUUGGUUCCUCAAUGCUUUGCUCAACUCCAUUGGCUCCUGGGUAUGUACAAUUGGGUAUGGGAAAGAAAAGUGAAAGAGUUGGUAGAGGUUCGUUGGUCAAGGUAAGCAGAAAUGCAAGAAAACAGGCAAUCAUUUAG